UCUAUUGAUUCAGUUUUGUUCCCUUGUUAAAAGAUGAUGGACAACUCCUCCAUUUUGAUUAUUUCGUGGUCCUUGCUUUUCCAUCUGAAAAGUUUUUAACAUUAGAUCUCUGAUCCAACAUCAGAAAAUUAAUAUUGAGUAAUGGACCAACAACAUAAAGUGUUUCUUCUGCUGCUACUUCUUUUCCAAGUUCUGCUUGUUUCAGGGCAGACAGCCACUCAAGACGUUUCUGGCCUAGUAUCUCUCACACAAUUCUGGAGUAAUAAACCAGCAACUUGGGUGGGUACAGAUCCUUGUGGCAGUGGUUGGGAAGGAAUUAGUUGCACCAAUUCAAGAGUUACCGAUUUGAAACUAUCAAGCUUUAAUUUGGUUGGCCAGCUGUCUUCGGGAAUCCAGUCUUUAUCUGAACUAGUAAAUCUGGAUCUUUCUUCCAAUACGGGCUUGACAGGAUCAAUUCCAAAAGAAAUUGGGAGUUUGAAAAAGCUGCAAUCCCUAGCACUGGUUGGUUGUGGUUUCAGUGGUCAAAUUCCAGAUUCACUAGGAUCUUUAAAUCAGCUGACCUUUCUAGCACUGAAUUCUAAUCAGUUCAAUGGAAGUAUUCCACCCUCUCUUGGCAAUCUAACCAACAUUAAUUGGCUAGAUCUUACUGAUAACCAGCUUGAUGGGUCUAUUCCUGUCUCUGAUAACCAAGGAGGACAAGGUCUUGACCUGCUCCUUAAGGCCCAACAUUUUCAUCUGGGGAACAAUAAGCUCUCUGGUCCAAUCCCAGCAAAACUUUUUAACUCCAAAAUGAUUCUAGAACAUGUGCUUCUUGAUAGCAAUCAACUAACGGGUAGUAUUCCAAGCACCGUUAGUCUUGUGAGCACAUUGGAGGUGGUGCGCUUUGAUAGGAAUCAAUUAAGCGGGGGAGUGCCUUCAAACUUCAACAAUCUCGGACAACUUAGUGAGCUGUAUUUAAGUCAAAACAAGCUGAAUGGCUCACUGCCCGAUCUUACUGGAAUGAAUAGACUCACUUAUGUGGAUCUGAGCAACAAUAGUUUUAAUUCUUCUGGUAUUCCUUCAUGGGCUUCAAAUCUGGCAGAGCUGACAACUGUGAUACUGGCGGACAACCAGCUCAGUGGCGCAUUAAAUCUUAGCAAUGGCUAUAGCAACAGUCUGCAACUCAUUAAUUUGGAGAAUAAUAGAAUAACGGACUUCAAUAAGGGAAGCAAACCAAUAAUUUUUGAACUGAUACUGGCUGGCAACAAAAUUUGUUUAGAAAACGGAGCUUCUCAAAAUAGUUACUGCCAACAGCCCCAAGCCAUGCCCUCAUAUUCAACACCAUUAAAUAAUUGUUCACUUCCAUCUUGCAGUUCCAAUCAGAUUUCUAGCCCCAACUGUAUAUGUGCAUAUCCAUACACUGGAGUUCUGUUAUCCAGAGCUCUUAGUUUCUCAAACUUUAGUAACACAAGUUACUACAAGGAUCUUGAGCAGACUCUUCUAAAUACUUUUCGAGCCCAAGAUCUUCCAGUGGAUUCAGUUUCUCUUAGUAAUCCUUUCAAGAAUUCAUCCACUGGUUAUUUUCAAAUGGAUCUGAAUAUCUUCCCAUCUCAAACUGUUAGUUUCAAUAGAACUGGAGUUUCAGGUGUUGCUUUUGUGCUCAGCAACCAAAUUUACAAACCCCCAGAAUUUUUCUCCCCUUACAGCUUCACUGGAAAUAAUUAUGGAUACUACGGAGGAGAACCUAAAGGAUCAAGUUCAUCACAUACAGGGGUUAUAGUUGGUGUAGUAGUUGCUGUUUUGGUCUUUCUUGUACUAGCACUCCUUGUAGGGAUAUAUGCCCUCCGCCAAACAAGAAGAGCAAACAGAUCUGCAGAGUUCAAUCCUUUCGCAAAUUGGGAACUGAACAAGAAUAGUGGCACUGCUCCUCAAUUGAAAGGAGCACGAUGGUUUUCUUUUGAAGAUCUAAAGAAAUACACCAACAACUUCUCAGAAGACAAUACCAUUGGAUCUGGGGGCUAUGGAAAGGUUUACCGAGGUGUACUUCCUGCUGGGGAGUUGGUUGCCGUCAAACGGGCUGCAAAAGAAUCUAUGCAGGGUGCUGUUGAGUUUAAAACUGAGAUUGAACUUCUAUCAAGGGUCCAUCAUAAGAAUCUUGUUAGUCUUGUUGGUUUCUGUUUUGAGAAGGGUGAACAAAUGCUGGUGUAUGAGUACAUUCCAAAUGGCGAUAUAAUGGAUAGUCUUUCAGGAAAGUCUGGGAUCUGGAUGGAUUGGAUACGGAGGCUAAAAGUAGCAUUGGGUGCAGCCAGGGGUCUGGCCUAUCUUCAUGAACUUGCUAACCCACCAAUCAUACACAGAGACAUAAAAUCAAGCAAUAUUCUACUUGAUGAUAGCCUCAAUGCAAAAGUUGCCGAUUUUGGUCUCUCCAAACUUCUUGUUGAUAGUGAAAGGGGCCAUGUCACUACUCAAGUCAAAGGGACAAUGGGGUACUUGGAUCCUGAAUAUUACAUGACCCAACAGUUGACUGAAAAGAGCGAUGUAUAUAGUUUUGGAGUGCUAAUGCUGGAACUAGUGACAGCAAGAAGGCCAAUAGAGCAAGGAAAGUAUAUUGUAAGAGAGGUAAUGAGGGUAAUGGAUACAUCGAAAGAUUUAUACAACCUUCAUUCCAUUCUAGAUCCCUCCAUAAUCAAAGUCACAAGCCCAAAGGGUCUAGAAAAGUUUGUGGGACUGGCAAUGAGGUGUGUCAAAGAAUAUGGAGCUGACAGGCCUACAAUGGCUGAGGUUGUAAAAGAGAUUGAGAACAUAAUCGGGUUUGCUGGAAUCAAUCCUAAUGCUGAAUCAGCUACAACAUCAGAAACUUAUGAGGAAGCAAGCGGGGGGAAUGUUAAAAAUCCUUAUGGCAACGAAGAUUUUAGCUAUAGUGGAAUUUUCCCAUCAGCAAAGGUAGAGCCUCAAUGAGUUUUAGUUUAUUUUCUUUUGUAAUUCUUCUCCCUCUUCAGAUGCAAUCAGGUGCUUUAGAAAAUCUGAUUCAUUAUAGAAAUUGAUGAAUUGAUUGGCUUUCAGUGCAUUGGAAAGUGUAUUGUUAGCGUUAACAAUGGUUUUGCCUGAAGGGUAGAAGAGGAGUGGACUUGGUGAUCCAAUGCCAUUCCCAGUUGUACUUAUAUAUAUGGUUUA